AUGGACCGGAUAACUCCUCUCCCCACCCCUACAACGACGACGAUCCGCUCUUCGCUGAUCAUACCUACAUUUCCUCAAAUCCUCUCAGAAUUAGUCCAAAAUUCUUUGGAUGCGAAUGCGAGAUAUAUAGAUAUAGCACUUUGCCUGACUAAAGGUGAGGAGAGUAUGAGGGUGGAGGAUGAUGGCUGUGGGAUCACGCAGGCUGGUUUGAGGAAGAUUGGAAAAAGGUUUAGGACAAGCAAAACUCUCAACGAAUCCAAUUUGGGCUCAGUAGACUCAUAUGGAUAUCGUGGAGAAGCACUGUCAUCCAUAUCCGCAUUAUCUUUAUUCACGAUAACCACCCGUCCUACUUCAUCCGAGACAUCAUAUACGAAGAUUGUCAAAUCGUCCAAAACACUUUAUAUGGGUAUCGAUCCUUCUCGAAUUGUCUCUUUAUCUAGCGGAACAAUAAUCAAUGUUAAGGAAAUAUUCCAUAAUAUCCCCGUGAGAAGAGAGGAGUUGUCAAGCAUGAAUGGGGAGACUCUGAUUAGACAAUGUAAGAAGAUCAUCGAGGUUCUAGCUCUGUGCAGACCUGGUAUUGGAUGGACUGUCUGGGAGCAGAAAGAUACUGGAGGAAGGAAACUGUUGUUGGGUAUCAGAAGCGCAAAAUCGAGCGUACAUAUCUUCCGAUCCCUGUAUGGCAAUGCUCUUGUUCAGAGAGUGCAGAAUAUUCGCGUUUCAGCAGGUACUAAACGUGUGGAUGGAUUCAUCAGUCUUUCAGGCGAUUUCACCAAAAUCCAUCAACAUUUGUACAUCAAUAAUUAUCCCUUAGCUCGCUCAGACCUACACCUAGCCAUCUCCAAGAAGUUCUCGGACAGUAGAUUCUCGACUUAUGCGUCUGCAGGAGACAACGAUUUGGAAUAUAUCGCUGGCGGACAGAGAAGAUCGCCUAGGAGAAUGGAGAGACAUCCAAUCUACGUACUUAAUGUUUCUAUGCCUUCUGAUGAAGUUGAUGUUAGCUAUGAACCUCAAAAGGGAAUGUUAGGAUAUAAAGAUUACUCGAAAGUCAGAAAUCUUAUCUUGGCUGUUGUGGACGAAUUUCUCAAGAAAAACGGAUUUGGAACCGCAUCGACGAAAUGCGCCUCUCUGAGUCCCACGAAGCAGGCUUCCACGUGUAUUGGUCUCCAUGGUAAAUCACCUCUUGGUAAAGAUGUAAUUGCGCCCUUUGCGCCCAGCGGAAAUGAAUGGGACUUGACAAGACCUUCUCCCUUAUCUUUUACGGUCGAACAUCCGUCGUCUUCUCCUAUUCUGCCACUAGUCCUCGAUACAAUUCUUCCAUCAGCGGAUGUCAGCAUGUCUUCUGCGACGAAGCACUCUCUUCAAUCGUCCAGAGGCGAUCUACGGUGUCCGGCAAUUCCUGCUAUACCUUCACAAGCUUUCAUAAACCAAAGAAGAGAUUUACCUACUACCCAUGUCAACUAUUCUCUUAUCAUUUCCGAAAAACCAGUCCGCAAGUCUCAAUGGAUUACGGACUUGGAGACAACACUCGAUUUGGGUGUUUUACCUAUCGCUUGCGGUUUGAAACGGAACCUCGACAUCCUCCAGGGCGAUAAUCAAUGUGGGAGUUGUCCAACAGAAGGUCUGCAUUCUUCGUUUGCUCGACCUAUAAAUCCGGAGCCCAGAACCAGGAUGUCUACAUUGGACAUUCAACUCACGCGAUCAUCACUGUCUAAAUCAUAUAUCAUAGGGCAGGUGGAUAAAAAAUUUGUUUCGGUCAUAUUACCUACUCCGAAAGGUGAAAGAGCUCUAGUCCUGAUCGAUCAACAUGCGGCGGACGAAAGAAUAUCGAUUGAAAAUAUUCUCUCUUCCUUGAGUGCUGGAUUUCGAAACGAUAACAUACCUACUACAAGACUAGAAAUACCGAUUAAUAUAGUCCUGACUUCCUCAGAAGCAAGAACAUUGUCUUCACCCGAAAACUUGGAUAUAUUCCGGAGAUGGGGGAUCCAGCUUUCUUUACCUGAUCUGAAUGAUAUACAAGGUGAUUAUGUCCAAAUUGGGGUUUCAAAAAUACCAAGUCUACUGUCCAGCAGGCUGGGUAGGAAGGAGGGAACUGAAAUGAUCAGAUUGAUCAGAGGUUAUAUACCUUCUUUAGAGGCUGAUAUGGACGAAAUCAAAGCUUGGAUCAGAUCUUUCGCUAAUGAUGAGAUUGCGGAAGAAGAGGAAGACAUGGGUGAACAUGUAGGAAAAGUAAAUGAUGGAGCUGGGGAAGACUGUAUUGGACGUGAUCAAGAGGUCGCGGAAGACCCUAUUCCACAUGAAGAUGAGGGUAUUGGUAAAGACAUCAGGUUCAUGCCUCGAGAAAUGUUAGAGUUAGCAAAUUCGAAGGCUUGUCGAGGUGCGAUCAUGUUUCAAGAUCCCCUAAAUCGCGACCAGCAGAUUCGUUUAACUACUCAGCUCAGCGAUACCAAAUUCCCCUUCAUCUGCGCGCAUGGGAGACCGAGCAUGAUUCCUUUGAUCGCUUUGAAAGGUCCUACAGGAAUGGCAAAAAAGUUGUCGAAGAGGGAUAUCGAUUGGUCAAACUGGAAGCACAAGGUGAAGGGAAGUUAG